AGACAAAGUAGACAGGAAUUUCAAAAAUCCAAAUCCAUUCUUUAGGUUCUCUUGGAAGCUUUCUUUGCAUAUGUGAUCAGUUAAAGUGUGAAUUAAAGGGUAAGGGGAGUUGGGAAAGGAUGAUCUCCACAACUGUAUCUAAUCUAUCUAUCCAUGUGCUUUUUUCUAUUCAUUCUGAUUUGCCUUUAUAGGACACUGGCCCAAAGGGCAAUUCUCUAGUACCUUUGAAAAUCUCUCUAACUUGAUCUAUUUCAAUUUCAAAUGAAAUGUGUACUAGAGAUUAAUCUCUUACCUCCACACUGGUGUCUAAAGUAGGGUUAAUUUGCGGUGACACACUGAACAAGAUCUGUAGCUUCUCUAGGCAUCAGCAGCUCCCUUAGUAAAAUGAAAAUCAAGGUUCCUAACUGUAUUUCUUCAGAGCACUGUCUGCAGAUAAAUAAAGAGCAAUGGGAGGACAGGUACCAAAGCGUUUUGGAGACAUUUCCAUAUCUCCAUGCUCAGUCUGAGAUUAGUGAUCCUCCUUUUUCUAUAGCAUCCGCUGGUAAUACCACUCACAACCAUCUGACUGUUCUUCCUGAAUGACUACGAUCUGUGGAGAGUUACUCCUAGGACUAGAAUGCAAUAAGCUUUAGGGCCCUGGGUGUGGGACUGAAAGUAGUUGGGGGACGGUGGGCCAGAGCGGUGGUUGGGAAGUAAGUGUACCCUAUGUUACUGCCACAAUAACCAAUAUGCAUAUACUUGGCCUUAAGCAUAUGGCUAGUCUGCCUUGAGGCUCCUAAAACAACUCCCUCCUAUCCCCACACACAAAUGCUUCACCCCUAUAUACUCUGAGAAUUACCAUUACAGAGACCUCAUUUGUGAUUUUAUUAAUCAUCACUGUCUUGGUGGUGAGAUUCACCCCAUAUCCCAUACUUUAGGAGGGCAGAUUAGGAUCUGAGGGCCUCAGGAAGUCACACGGUUUACUUUUCCUCCCUAGAAGUAGCCUCAUUUUAGAAUUUUCACCGCAGUUAUUGGUCUCGAGUGAAAAUCUUAUACUGAAUGAGCCUUUUUCCAGCAGUUCAUUGGACCUUUUUCAGAGGAGACUUCAUUCCCUUGUUUAUUCUGUUCUGUCACAUUUGUGGUUGAGAAACCUUUCUAGAUGCUACCUUCUACCUCGGACCAAAUUAGUUUCCCGAUGCAAUUCCCUCUAUACCUCUCUGUUAUAACAUAUACCUUGUUGGACUGGGAUUACUUGUGAUCAUGUUCAUUUCAUCUAAGGCAGAGAUUUAGACUAUGCAUGCUUGUUGAGCAAGUAUCCCCUCUGUACCCAGCUUGAGAUGUACACUGGAAACACUGAUCACCAGUCAUUGAGAUCAAGGCCCCAUGCUCAAGGAUCUCACAGUCUAGCUGGGUAGCAGCAAGGAAUAUAGUUUUGGAUACUUACGCAAAUAGUUGGGAGCAUAUGUGCUAUAUCAGAAACAAAGACAAAGCCUAUCCCAAACAUACAGAGACAACUUCCUGGAUAAGGGGAACAUUGAACCAGGUCUUCAGGAGUGUGUCAGAUUUCGUUGAGAAUAGGAAGGAAGAGAAGGCAUUCCAGACUGAACAAAGAAAGGCACAACGACAGUGUGUCUCGGGACCCAGUGAGUCAGCCAGUUCAGUUUAAGCAUGGUAUCUGAGAGGAGACAUGACUAGAUAGGUAGGCUGGGGGCUUGAUUGAGAUGUGCCCUCAGUGCCAGACUGGGAUCUUUCCAUGAAGUUUGUUUUGUUCUCCUUCUCUUUCUGUGAUCAAAAUUGGUAACACUGGUGAGGAAUGUCAUAGCUAGUUCCAGGCAGUUUUAAGUUGGGUUUUCAAGCCUGGAGUCCAGGUUUACUCUCUCAGACCUUGUCAAAACCCCUCUAACUACCUGUCUCAAAUUUCCUGCUGCUAAAAUUAUCUUUAUCUUCUUGGCAGGGUCAUGAGGACAAAAUUGUAAACAUAGAAGAGGCAUUCAUGUGACUGGCUAGAUUACCUUAGACAAGCCACCCCCACACAAGACCUCAGUUUCUCUGUGAGGUUAGAGAGGAUGUUUGUAAGCAGAUAAGAGUACAGGAUAUGUGUUGCUUUGUGAGCAAUGGAAAACAUGAAAAAAGUUAUCAAGGUUAUUGUCAUUAACAGUUAUACUAGUUAGGAGACUUAUUAGGAUUAAAAGGGUUGUGUCUUCUAGAGUCUAGUUCUGAGACUUUAGAGGUUUUAAAAUAAUCUGGAAGAGAAGAGCACACUCUUUUUUUUUUAAAUUAUCUUUAGUUGGCACAUGAUAAUUGCACAUAUUUAUGGGGGUACAUGUGUGAGAACCAGAUCCAUUACUUCAAACAUUUAUCAUUUCUUUGUGUUUGGAACAUGCUGAAUACUCUCUACAGGCUACUUGAAAAUAUACAAUCAAUUAUUGUCAAUCAUAGUUAACCUACUGUGCUAUAGAACCUUAGAAGUUUCUCCUAUUUCAGUUGCAUCCCUGUCCCCAUUAACUAUCCUCUCUUACCCACAACCCUUCCCAGGCUUGGGAACCCAUACUUUACUCUCUGCAUCUAUGAGAUCAACUUUUUAAGCUUCUAUAUAUAAGUAAGAACACGAGGUAUUUUUCUUUCUGUGCCUGAUUUAGUUCAUUUAACAUAAUGUACAAGACCACAUUCUUAAAUCAGUCUAGCUUGAUUAACCAACCAAAGAAAAUUCCUGUACUGGGAGAUAUCAGGUUCCCAAUGUUCUACUCCUGCGUUGACCACUGAUUUGCUACGUGACCUUAGGAAAAUAUUUCUCCUCUCUAGACUUCAGUUGUCUUACCUUAAAGCCUGAAAUAAAAUGAUCUCCAGGGGAUGUCUCAACUUAAAUGUAAGUCCUUUCACAAAACCAGAAAAAGCAAAAAUGAAUUCAUAUGAGUGAGAUGGUGAAGUAUUUGGAUUCAUAGCAGCUCUUUAUAUUAUAAAUGUAAACUCUGCCAUAAUACUUGUUUCCAUUACUGAUAAAAGUUGCAAAUUAGUCAAAUAGUCAAUUAAGCAUUUAUUUCACAAGGGGAGUAGCAGUGUUACUUAAUCCAAUUUAGCAUUUCCCAAGUUGUUUUACAUGUAUGAACACAUUGAAAAUUUUUUUAAAAAACAUUUAUUUAUUUAUUUAUUUGAAAUGCAGAGUUACAGAGAUGGGGCAGUGGAGGCAGGGGUGGAAUUAAUCUUCCAUCCACUGGUUCACUCUAAAUGGCUGCAAUAGCCAGGUCUGGGCCAGGCCAAAGCCAGGAGCCAGGAACUCCAUCUUUGUCUUCCAUGUGGAUGACUGGGGCUCAAGUUCUUGGGCCAUCUUCCGCUACCUUCCCAGGUGCAUUAGUAAGGAGCUGGAUCAGAAGCAGAGUAGCUGGGACUCGAACUGGCAUUCAUAUGAAAUGCCUGUGUUGCAGGAGGUAGCUUAACCUGCUGAGCCACAACACCAGCCCAAACACAGUGAACUUUUUAAUUUUAAUUUGUAAUUUGUUUUUAACAGAUUCAAUAUGAUUUGUAGAUAAAAUUCUAAGAACAUAAUGACAUUCCCUUCCUCCUUCCCUCCCCCUCGCUCCCUUCCACCCUCCUUCCCUCUCUCUUUCUUUUUUUAAGGUUUUGAGAUAACAUUUUAAAUUUACAUUACAGUAAACAGGCUUAGUACUUAAUCGAAUAAGAAGUUUAACAAGGAAAAAGACCCUAGUUUAGUGGAAAUAUAAAUAACUGCUAUAAACAAUAAUUGGAUGGAAAAAUGACAAUUUCACCCAUAUGCAGUAAAUUUCAAAGUAAUCACAGAUCAUUAACACCACAGUAGUACAACAUUCUUAAUCAUUGGUGUGACAAAGCUAUAAAAGCUUUACAAAACUAUAUUUGCAGCCUAAAGCUGUACCUAUGAAAUUUGUAUUCAUUAAAUAAAAGCUUUCUUAAAAAAGCUAUAUUUGCAGCAAUACUAAUAUACACAUGCCAGACUUUUUUCUUUUUUUCCUUCUUUUUGUUGUUUGCUUUUUAAGUUUCAAAUCCCACAAUAAGGGAGAACAUGUGGUAUUUGUCUUUCUGGGUCCAGCUUAUUUCACUGAACAAGAUGUCCUCCAGUUGUGUUCAUUUUGCUGCAAAUAGUAGAAUUUCCUUCUUUUUAUCGCUGAAUAAUAUCCCAUUGUGUAUAUAUACAAUAUUUUCUUUAUGCAUUCAUCUGAUGAUGGACACCUUGGUUGAUUCCAAAUUUUGGCUAUUGUGAACAGUGCUGAUAUGAACAUGGUGGUACAAGUAUAUCUUUGAUACACUGUGUUCAAGUUUUUGGGGUGUAUGCCUGGUAGUGGGAUUGCUGAGUCAUAUGGCAAGUCUAUUUCUAGUUUUUAAAGAAAUUUCCACACAGUUUUCCACAGUGGCUGCACUAAUUUACAUUCCCAUCAACAGUGUCAAAAUAUCCCUCUUUGUCCACAUCCUCGCUAGCAUUUGUUACUCUCUGGGAUUUUAGCCAUUCUGACGGGCUGAAGUGAUAUCUAACUGUGUUUUUUUUUUUUUUAAGAUUUAUUCAUUUACUUGAAAGACAGAGUUACAGAGAGACAGAGGCAGAGAGAGAGAGAGAUCUUCCAUCCACUGGUUCUCUCCCCAAAUGUCCACAACAGCUGGAGCUGGGCCUAUCCUAAGCCAGGAGCAAGGAGCUUAAACUGAUUCUCCCACGUGGGUGCAGAGACCGGAGGACUUGGGCCAUCUUUUACUGCUUUCCCAGGCCAUAACAGAGAGUUGAAUUAGAAGUGGAACAGCUGGUGCCCAUAGGGGAUGCCAGCACUGCAGGAGGUGGCUUUACCUGCUACUGCCACAGUGCUGCUCCCUCUUAUUGUGGUUUUGAUUUGCAUUUCCCUGAUGGUUAGUAACAACACAUUGAAUUUUAAACAAUCCUAAUCUCUCUCACGUUCCAGGUUUAAAAAAAAAAAACCCUGAGACACUGAACUUUUCAUUAAACCCAUAGCCCACAAAGGACAGAGGUGGGAUUCUACUCAGGUACUACGGCUCCAGAGCCCAUUGCUCUUAACCACUGUGAUUGCCUGCUUCAGUAGAUUUAUUUAGAUAUGUGGGCUUGGAAUGUGUUGGAAGUCUCACAUGAUUUCUACAUAGAAACUGGAGGGAAUCUAACCUUUGUGUAGACUAGGGCUCUGAGAAUAUAUUUUAGGGAACUUUUUUAAAGGAAAAGUGGAGCUGAGAGCAUUUGAGGGCAGAGAUUGGAGAAUUCUAUCCCUGAGAGAUUACUCUUGUGUAGCCCAGCUCAGUGGAAGAAAGUUGAGCUUCCUCAUAACCAAUCACUGGAGGUUCAUCAAGGGGUGGGGAGGUUGCAAAAGAAUGAAGUAACAGCACACUUGGACAUCUUCCAGGCAACAAGCUCUGCAGUUACAUGAGUUCUGCAGAUAAAUGCCUCAAAAUUACUGGGGGUGGGAGAGGUAGAGGAGCACUGGUGGAUGAAGGGGAGGCAUCUGGGUAAUAAACUUGUCCUCCUUUGAAGCUAUUACUCCUUGCUCCCCACACCCUGCUAUAGCCUCCAAUCUCUUAAGGCUCCAUACCCAGACUUUGCAUGAGGAACUUUAGGCAGGUUUUGGAUCACAUCACAAUGCCUUUCUCCCUGGGGCAUAUGAUGGCAGCUGGCUGCCAUGUGGGCAAUAUUUACCAUCUCUCCCCCCAAGCAAUGGCUGUACUCACUCCUCUCCCCAAGGUGUCAGGUUUACUCUGAUUUAUUUAGCCUUGGCUGGAGAUAGUGCAGGAUCAGAUAGUUCCCAUCUCUCCAAGAGUGCCCUAAGCAGCAGAUUUUAGGAGGGAGAGGACAUGAAGCAGGGAAGGCAGCGGGAUCCAGGGGAGAGCAACAUUGCAAUGUUAUUUUGGGUGGGGGUAGCCAUGAGGUAGUGAACUGUCUGUUUCCAGUUUGGGCCUCUAAUUGCUAGCUCAAAACUUUGCAUUUUUCAGUACAGUCUCUGUGUUUUUGUACUUGACAACUUUGUACUUCGGGUGUGGGUCUAUUUCUGAGUUGAAGCUUGACUUUCUACUUGGGCCUUUUUUUAUUUCAAAGCUGUGAUAGCUGCUGAGACUUACCUCCAACACCUUUGCCUCCCCACCCCACACAGGAUGUAAGCACAUGAUCUUUGGUCUUCUAUUUGCAUAUUCUACUAGUCCUGUCUUCAUUGGAGGGAAGCGACUGGCCAGACCUGGGCUGUCUUGCUGGCUCCCUUCCUUGCUGGGCUCCAACUUAUCUCCUAUGUACACAGCCCUUGCAGUUCGGAGGCCUCUGCUGACCUCUGUUCAACCUCUCACUCUCUGCACCCAAGCCCCCACUGAUACAGACAGGAGCAGAGACAGGCUAGGACUAGAGGAAAGAGGAGAGGGGGCUGGAGAUAGGCUGUGAGAGGACUCAGAAGCCCAGUACGCCACCCCUUGUCCCAGUACUGUACACCUGCUGCUGUGGCCACAACAACUGAAGGGGCAGCUAAUAAGUUAGGAAGUGAGGCCAGGUAUCUUGUGGGCAGUGGUAUCAUUAGCUGCAACGCCUAAGAUGUCUCAAGAGAUGGGAGAACUCACCCAAACCAGGUUGCAGAAGAUCUGGAUUCCACACAGCAGCAGCAGCAGCAGCAGCGGGCUGCAACGGAGAAGGGGCUCAUCCGUACCCCAGUUUACCAAUUCUCCCACAAUGGUGAUCAUGGUGGGUUUACCAGCUCGAGGGAAGACAUACAUCUCCACAAAGCUCACACGAUAUCUCAACUGGAUAGGUACACCAACUAAAGUGUUUAAUUUAGGCCAAUAUCGAAGAGAAGCAGUGAGCUACAAGAACUAUGAAUUCUUUCUACCAGACAACAUGGAAGCCUUACUUAUCAGGAAGCAAUGUGCCCUGGCAGCCCUCAAGGAUGUCCAUAACUAUCUCAGCCAUGAGGAAGGUCAUGUUGCGGUGUUUGAUGCUACCAAUACUACCAGAGAACGGCGGACAUUGAUUCUGCAAUUUGCUAAAGAGCAUGGUUACAAGGUAUUUUUCAUUGAAUCUAUUUGUAAUGACCCUGGCGUAAUUGCUGAAAAUAUCAAGCAAGUGAAACUCGGUAGCCCUGAUUACAUAGACUGUGACCGGGAAAAGGUUCUAGAAGACUUUCUAAAGAGAAUCGAGUGCUAUGAAGUCAACUACCAACCCUUGGAUGAGGAACUGGACAGCCACCUGUCCUACAUCAAGAUCUUUGACGUGGGCACACGCUACAUGGUGAACCGAGUGCAGGACCACAUCCAGAGCCGCACAGUUUACUACCUCAUGAACAUCCACGUCACACCCCGCUCCAUCUACCUGUGCCGGCAUGGAGAGAGCGAGCUCAACCUCAGGGGCCGCAUCGGAGGAGACUCUGGCCUCUCAGCUCGGGGCAAGCAGUAUGCCUAUGCCCUGGCCAACUUCAUUCAGUCCCAGGGCAUCAGCUCCCUGAAGGUGUGGACCAGCCAUAUGAAGAGGACGAUCCAGACUGCUGAGGCUCUUGGUGUCCCCUAUGAGCAGUGGAAGGCCUUGAAUGAGAUUGAUGCGGGUGUCUGUGAAGAGAUGACCUAUGAGGAAAUCCAGGAACACUACCCGGAAGAAUUUGCACUACGAGACCAGGAUAAAUACCGUUAUCGUUAUCCCAAAGGAGAGUCCUAUGAGGAUCUGGUUCAGCGUCUGGAGCCAGUUAUAAUGGAGCUAGAGCGGCAAGAGAACGUACUGGUAAUCUGCCACCAGGCUGUCAUGCGGUGCCUCUUGGCCUACUUCUUGGAUAAAAGUUCAGAUGAGCUUCCCUAUCUCAAGUGCCCUCUGCACACGGUGCUCAAACUCACACCUGUGGCUUAUGGCUGCAAAGUGGAGUCCAUCUACCUGAAUGUAGAGGCUGUGAACACACACCGGGAGAAACCUGAGAAUGUGGAUGUCACCCGGGAACCUCAGGAAGCCCUGGACACUGUCCCUGCCCACUACUGAGCCCUUUCCAGGAGGCCAAAAUGCCUCUGCCCUUUUAACUUCUAUCCUUGCUCUUCUCCACCAUGAGAAGUCUCUGCCUUGGCCUCACUAAGAGAGCUCUGCUCCCAGUGAAGAAGUCCUCAUGAGCUCCAAAAUAGGUCUCAAUCCUGGCCACACUCAUGGAGCUGUCUAGCUCUGGAUGGAGCUCUUCUUUUCUUAAUUCCUAUUCUGUAAUCAAUAAAGACUUCUCUUAUUGCCUACAGAAAGAAAGGAAGCAGUCAUGGUUCCCUUGUUUUCAAGAACCUUAUCUUGAUCUUUAUCUAACUCCUUUGCUCAGUGUGUGAGGAUGUCCUGAGUAGCACCUGCAAAAAUGAGCUCCCUGUGAGUAUCUGUGGGCCUGUUCCUUGGUGGAAAGGGUAGCUGAGGAAAUGCCACCUUCAUCCUGAAGUUUAGAGCAUCUGGCACUUGUGGUAAGUUCUCUUUCAACACUUGCUGCCAUUCUGAGUGAUUUCAUGGUCCGUGUGAAUGACCCAACCAGUAUCUUGGUCUCCCAAUCCCCUAAUCCCCUUAACUCCAACCCACCAUCUCCCACUCAGCCGCCAACUUCAUGGACCUUGGUAUAACCUCCACGGUCUGACUUUUUGAAUACAUGCAUUAUCUGACCACUGCCCAUAUACUAGGCAUGCAUGUGGUAUCUGAAUGAACAAUAUUUAUUCUUAUACUGCAUCAAGACUAUAUCCUUCAGUUAUUCUAUUGUCUCCCAAUCCUUCAGUCCUUUCCCUCUAGAGUAUUCUUCCAUCUCUAACCAACUUGGAUCCCAUAGUCCAUCUCUUCAGCCACCCUACAUGCAUCUAAAAUGGCCCAGGUACCAGAAACCCAGCUGGUAAAGAGAGAUUAAUACACUCAUUGCCUUUAUUCUCUGUCCUUCCAUCACAACCACCCAGCAAGGCCCAAACCCUGUAUAAUCCACAUCCCUUUUUUGGAUCUAUUACAGGACUGCUGAUUGCUGCUUAAAGCAUAUUUGUUUUCAUCUGCUUUGACAGAUACCAUUCAUUCCUGUUCAAAGACACAGCCACCCUCUAUUUUCUGGAACCCUAUCCCAUCCCACCUUCUUACAGAUGGACUAAAAUAAAUUCCCAACUCUUCCAAUAUGUAUCUUUUGUCCCUGUCUAUGGAUCUGGCCCCGGCCCCAGUCUAUGCAAAAUGCUCAAUUUUUUUCCUGUACCAAAAAGACUUUCCCUUGUUUCUGUGUCCAAUUCCAGUUACCCCCAUCCCUCCGUUCUUAUGUAAAUGAUCCAAAAUGAUCUCUACUUACUGUUCAAAACCCUCUUCCUUUGCAUCUGUCCCAGUAGUUCCCCUUCCAUAUUUUUGCUCUAAUCAUUAUGCACUGGCCUUACAUGCUUUCCCCAAGCCUCUCUACCACUGAAGAAAUAUUUGCCUUCUAGCUGGAG